AUGGUUGAAAUAGAUAGAAGUUUUAUUAUAAAUCAUACAUGUCUAAGAAUUAAAGAUCCAAAAUCAAUUGAUUUUUGGACCAAGAAAUUAGGUAUGAAAUUAAUUGCAACUAUUCCAUUUGAUUCAUUUACUUUGUAUAUGUUAAAUUAUGAAACUGAAGAAAAUAAACAUUUAAAUUGGGCAGCUAGAGAAGGAGUUUUGGAGUUAUGUUAUAAUCAUGGAGGAAUGGAAGAAAUAAAUAAUGGUAAUGGUGAAAAAGAUAAAGGAUUUGGUCAUGUUUGUGUAUCAGUUGAUAAUAUUGAAGAAGCUCAAGAACAAUUUUUAAAAAAUGGUGUUAGAUUUCAAAAAAAAUUAAGUGAUGGUAGACAACAUAAUAUAGCUUUUGCAUUAUCUGAUUAUGAAAAUUAUUGGGUUGAAUUAAUUGAAAAUGGUAUUAACAAAGAAGAAGGUAAAACAAAUGUUUCAAGUUAUAGAUUUAAUCAUACAAUGGUUAGAGUUAAAGAUCCAGAAAGGUCUUUGAAUUUUUAUAGAUCAUUAGGUAUGAAAUUAUUUUCCAAAAAAGAUUUCCCAGAAGCUAAAUUUUCUUUAUACUUUUUAGGUUUUGAUCAUGAUCCAAAUUUUAAAGAAGGUACAAUGGAUUUUGCAGUCCAAUCUAAAAGAGAAUCAGUAUUGGAAUUAACACAUAAUUGGGGUACAGAAAAAGACAAUGAAUUUAAAGGUUAUCAUAAUGGUAAUAGUAAUGAUAAUGGAGAAAUUCAAGGUUAUGGUCAUAUUUGUAUAUCGUGUAAAGAUCCAGCAAAAUAUUGUAAAGAAUUAGAAACAAAAUAUGGAUCAAAAUUAGAUUGGAGUGUUAAAUUUAAUCAAGGUAAAGCAGUUAAAGGUAUAGCGUUUAUAAGAGAUCCAGAUACUUAUUCUAUUGAAAUUAUAUCUCAUGAUUUAAUGUCAGAUCGUAUGGGUAAACUUUAA